AUGCACGAGAAGAACAAGAAGAACACGCGGAAGUCGGACUGCGAAUGCGAUUGGAACUCCGGAGCUCAAGAGCAGAGGACGUCCGACCAGUCGAAAGUUGGGUUUGUUUGUGAGAGCAGCCCUGUAGACCAGUCGAAGAGGAACUGGCAGCGGAACAAGUGCUCAGUCCACCUGCCCAGGAGCGAGUUUGUAGAAAUACAGCCCAUGAUGUCCGAAGAAGGUCCAUCUUCCUCCGGAUCCGGAUCCGGACCCCAAAUGACUGUGGAGACUCUUUCUCCAGUACCAGAAAUGCCUCCUCACACUUUGAAGGAAAAUACCACAGCUAAUAAGGUAAAUGAGACUGUGACGAGUGACAUUUUUCCACGAGACCCUCGGCUACGUGUUAGGGAAAGUUCUACAACGGUUUCGGAGUGGGAUGAGAGCCUACUGCCCUCCAGCAAACCUAACAACAAGGAGAACAAGGAUCAUCACAAAAACAGGAGUCGCCACUUGACUGGAACAACCCCAAAGCCAAAGCUUGACGGGAUGGGAGAGGGCUGGAGAGGACUCUCCCAAGAUGCAUCCCUUUACAAAAAUCAUAAUAUCCCCAUGCAACCUAGUAAGAACUCAAGCGAUGACGAUUUGACUGAUCGUACAAAUGGAGCGAUUAAAAAAAAGAGCCAAAAGCCCACUGGGAAAACUCUGAAAAGGAGUCACUCUUCCAAUCUCCAGAUCGAGGACGAUAAACCUCGUGGAUCAGGAAAUGCCACUUUGCUGAACAAUCCAGAUUUCAAGAUAAAAACGGAAAACCAGCCAAGUCAUUCUGUGGGGAGCAAUUUGAGCUCGGAUGAUCUUGUUUAUCAUCAGAACCUCGACAAUAAGAUUUUCGUGAAGACAGUGAUGCCCAAGUUUUUUUCCAACUUCCAAAUUUCAAACAGUAAGGAUGUAAUGCACAAGGAUUCGAAGAGUCUGCAGACCCAAUUGAUUGCUCCGCAGACCAGCGACGAGGACUUUCUGUUUUUAGAGAACCAGGAUAAUAAGCUUGUUGUGGAAACACUGAUGCCCCAAAUGAUGCAGCGGGCUCCCAAGUGGACGGAAAAAGAGGAUAUGCCCAGUACAAGUAAGGAUGGUAAGGCUGUGAAAGAGAACGUUUGGCACAAGGACAACCUGUGCGAGGUAUCCUUGCAAGAAAUCAUGAACCCAGCUGCUCCUCCGAGCUGCGUGGAAAAAUGGCGGAGCAUCGAGGCGAUCUGCAUGCGUCUGAGGGGCAUCGAAGUGCCGGGAAACGUGGGUCUCCUGGAGGAGACCCCAACCUUCGAGGAGCUCUUUGAAUUUAUCUAUGAGUUGGAAUCUGAGAACGAGUCGAUUUUCCUACUAAAACAAAAUAAGGUUUUUAAUCUAUAUAUUUUUGUGUGGGGUAAAUGA